UUGUUUUCAUUCCCCCUGUCACACGAGGCUGUGGCAAACCCAAAGUGGGAGGGGAGAAGUAGAGGGAGAGAAGGGGGCGGAAAGACGGCGGAAAGUGAAAGGCGCAGGGCGCCUCUCUGUCUCCCGUCUGACUCGGUUCUCGACUGCUCCGGGCCGCCGAUGUAUUGUGGGAUCGCGGCGCAGUCCCUGAGGCGCACGGAUCCGCGGGGGAGCCCACUUGAGAGCGCCUCCUGUCGUCCGUGAGGCUGCCCUGCCAUUCCUCUGCACCCCAACUCCCCUCACCCCCCCAUCGCCUCCUCCUCCAUCCUCCAGUUCAAAAUGGCGACGGCGGCGGCAGCGGCGGCGGCGAUGGCUCCUCCGGGCUGCCCGGGUUCGUGCCCCAACUUCGCCGUAGUCUGCUCCUUCUUGGAGCGCUACGGGCCGCUGCUGGAUCUGCCUGAGUUGCCGUUCCCUGAGCUGGAGCGGGUGCUGCAGGCGCCGCCGCCGGACGUCGGCCACGGAGAAGUACCAAAAGAAUUGGUGGAGCUCCAUCUGAAGUUGAUGAGGAAGAUUGGCAAAUCUGUUACAGCAGACAGAUGGGAAAAAUAUUUGAUCAAGAUAUGCCAAGAGUUUAACAGCACCUGGGCAUGGGAGAUGGAGAAGAAGGGCUAUCUUGAAAUGAGUGUUGAAUGCAAACUUGCACUCUUAAAGUACCUCUGUGAGUGUCAGUUUGAUGACAAUCUGAAAUUCAAGAAUAUUAUUAAUGAGGAAGAUGCUGAUACUAUGCGUCUCCAGCCAAUUGGGCGAGACAAAGAUGGCCUCAUGUACUGGUACCAGUUGGAUCAAGAUCACAAUGUCAGGAUGUACAUAGAAGAGCAAGAUGAUCAAGAUGGCUCUUCAUGGAAAUGCAUUGUCAGAAAUCGAAACGAGUUGGCUGAGACUCUUGCACUCCUGAAAGCACAAAUUGAUCCUGUACUAUUGAAAAAUUCUAGCCAACAAGACAACUCUUCCCGGGAAAGUCCCAGCUUAGAGGAUGAGGAGACUAAAAAAGAGGAAGAAACACCUAAACAAGAGGAACAGAAGGAAAAUGAAAAGAAGAAAGGUGAAGAGAGGACAAAAGAUUCAGAAAACCGUUCUACAGGCAAUGUUCUAGAAGAAACUAUUGUGAAAAUAGAAAAAGAAGAUGAAAAGGAACUUGUGAAAAUGCCAGUCAUAGUGAAACUGGAAAAAUCUUUGCCAGAAAGUGAGGAAAAAAAGAUUAUCAAAGAAGAAAGUGAUUCAUUCAAGGAAAAUGUCAAACCCAUUAAAGUUGAAGUAAAGGAAUAUAGAGCAGAUCCUAAAGAUAUCAAGGGUAGCAUGGAGAAACUAGUGGCACAGGAGCCUGAGAGGAUGGAAUUUGGUGGCAAUGUUAAAUCUUCUCAAGAAAUUACUGAGAAAUCUACUGAAGAAACCGAGAAACUUAAAAAUGACCAACAAGCCAAGAUACCACUAAAAAAACGAGAAAUUAAACUGAGUGAUGAUUUUGAUAGUCCAGUCAAAGGACCUUUAUGUAAAUCAGUUACUCCAACAAAAGAGUUUUUGAAAGAUGAAAUAAGACAAGAGGAAGAGACUUGUAAAAGAGUCUCUACCAUCACUACUAUGGGCCAUGAAGGAAAACAACUGGUAAAUGGAGAAGUUAGUGAUGAAAGAGUAACUCCAAAUUUUAAGACAGAACAAAUAGAGACAAAGUUUUAUGAUACAAAGGAAGAUAGCUAUAGCCCCUCUAAGGACAGAAAUGUCAUCAUGGAGGGAAAUGGAGCAGAGUCCUUAAAUUCUGUCAUAAUGAGUAUGAAAGUAGGUGAGCUUGAGAGAGAAAUGGUCCCUUUAGGGAAAGAUGCAGAUAAUUCAGUAUCAGUCAUAGAGACCCAGAGUCACAAAAGGCAGAUAGAGGAACCUUGUCCUCUGGAAAUGGAAACUUCUCUUGAGUCUUCUGAGAUGACAAAAGAUCUCUCUUUAAAAGCUGCUUUAUCUACCACUGAGUCCUGUGCCAUGAAAGUUGAAGAGAAGUCUCCUAAAAGUAAAAAGGAUAAGCGCCCACCAGUCGUAGAAUGUCUUGAAAAGUUAGAGAAGUCCAAAAAAACUUUUCUUGAUAAGGACAUACAAAGAUUGAGUCCAAUACCAGAAGAAGUUCCAAAGAAUACUAUAGAGUCAGAACAACUUGACUCUGCUGAAGCAGAUGACACUUCACCAUCUAAUACGACUGACCACUGUGAGAAACUUCCCUCAGAAAAGGAAGUGGUAGAAUGUCAGAGCACAGGUUCUGUUGAAGGUCAGUCUGUGAAAAAAGUAGAAACAGAAAUCCUUAAAGAGGAUUCUGAAUCCGUGAAGGUAGAAAUGGAUAAUCUGGACGAUGCCCAGACCUCAGGCAUAGAAGACUCUUCUGAGACAAAGGGUUCUAUGCAGAAAAACAAAUUUAAAUAUAAGUUGAUUCCUGAAGAAGAAGCCACUGCCUCAGAAAAUACAGAGAUAACCUCUGAAAGGCAGAAAGAGGGUAUCAAAUUAACAAUUAGGAUAUCCAGUCGGAAAAAGAAGCCAGAUUCUCCCCCCAAAAUUCUAGAACCAGAAAACAAGCAAGAAAAAUCAGAAAAGGAAGAAGAGAAAACAAAUGUGGGUCGUACUUUAAGGAGGUCUCCAAGAAUAUCUAGACCCACAGCAAAAGUAGCUGAGAUUAGAGAUCAGAAAGCUGAUAAAAAAAGGGGAGAAGGAGAAGAUGAAGUGGAAGAAGAGCCAACAACUUUGCCAAAAAUUGACAAAAAAGAAAACUUGAAAAAGUUGGAGAAGGAUACAAAUUCUAAAGUAAAACCCAAAGGAAAAGUUCGAUGGACUGGUUCUCGAACACGUGGCAGGUGGAAAUACUCCAGCAAUGAUGAAAGUGAAGCGUCUGACAGUGAAAAAUCAUCUGCAGCUUCAGAAGAAGAAGAAGAAAAGGAAAGUGAGGAAGCCGUCCUGGCAGAUGAUGAUGAACCAUGCAAAAAAUGUGGCCUUCCAAACCAUCCUGAAUUGAUUCUUCUGUGUGACUCUUGUGACAGUGGAUACCACACUGCCUGCCUUCGCCCUCCUCUGAUGAUCAUCCCUGAUGGAGAAUGGUUCUGCCCCCCCUGCCAACAUAAACUCCUGUGUGAAAAAUUAGAGGAACAGUUGCAGGAUUUGGAUGUUGCCUUAAAGAAGAAAGAACGUGCUGAACGAAGGAAAGAACGCUUGGUAUAUGUUGGUAUCAGUAUUGAAAACAUCAUUCCUCCACAAGAGCCAGAUUUUUCUGAAGACCAAGAAGAAAAGAAAAAAGAUUCAAAAAAAUCCAAAGCAAAUUUGCUUGAAAGGAGGUCAACAAGAACACGGAAAUGUAUAAGUUAUAGAUUUGAUGAGUUCGAUGAAGCAAUUGAUGAAGCUAUUGAAGAUGAUAUUAAAGAGGCUGAUGGUGGAGGAGUUGGCCGAGGAAAAGAUAUCUCCACCAUCACAGGUCAUCGUGGGAAAGACAUCUCUACUAUUCUGGAUGAAGAAAGAAAAGAAAAUAAGCGUCCCCAGAGGGCAGCUGUUGCUCGAAGGAAGAAACGCCGGCGACUAAAUGAUCUGGACAGUGACAGCAAUCUGGAUGAAGAAGAGAGUGAGGAUGAAUUCAAGAUCAGUGAUGGAUCUCAAGAUGAGUUUGUCGUAUCUGAUGAAAACCCAGAUGAAAGUGAAGAAGAUCCACCAUCUAAUGACGACAGCGACACUGAUUUUUGUAGCCGUAGAUUGAGGCGGCACCCCGCCCGGCCAAUGAGGCAAAGCAGGCGUUUGCGAAGAAAGACCCCAAAGAAAAAGUACUCUGAUGAUGAUGAAGAGGAAGAAUCUGAGGAAAAUAGUAGAGACUCUGAAAGUGACUUCAGUGAUGAUUUUAGUGAUGAUUUUGUAGAAACUCGGCGAAGACGGUCAAGGAGAAAUCAGAAAAGACAAAUUAACUACAAAGAAGAUUCAGAAAGUGAUGGUUCCCAGAAGAGUUUACGACGUGGUAAAGAAAUAAGGCGAGUUCAUAAGCGCAGACUUUCCAGCUCAGAGAGUGAAGAGAGCUAUUUGUCCAAGAACUCAGAAGAUGAGGAGCUAGCUAAAGAAUCACAGCGGUCGGUUCGAAAGCGGGGCCGAAGCACUGAUGAGUAUUCAGAAGCAGAUGAGGAGGAAGAGGAAGGCAAACCAU